CUCACUCUGUCGGCGUGCGUUUGAGGGGACGGGCAGGCGGAGUUGCUGGAGCUGCCGGGUGAUACUACGCUGAAAUUGCUAUUGGGAGGAGGCUUCACUGCAUUUACGUUUAGAUUUACAAAACGGGAUUACCAACGAAAUUAAAUAGCUCCAAUACAUAUAUGUAUUUCUGCCCGGAGUCCUAAUCUGCCACAUUUAAUCGUUUUGAUACAACGUUCGCUACCAACCAGGGUAAUCAAGGUGUCGGUAAUUUUGGGUAGCUUGCUAGCCUGUUAGCUAGCUAUUUGUUAAUACCUCAUUCACAUAGCCAACGAAAUAGCAAGCUAAAGUGGACCAGCGUCGUGCCCCUCAACGCAACAUCACCUUGCUCCGUAACUGGCGAGCUAGCUGGUUGAUUUCCCUGCUAUCAAGUGCUAACAUCGUUGGGUAGCAAGCCUGACCGCCUGGAAGACGUUAUCGAUAUUUCUACCUAACCCCUUUCCCUCACCCUAUCACCUUUGCCCCUACCCCCUCAAUCCGAAACACUGGAAAUCCUCAAGCGGCCGGGGAGCGGCGACGGGCCAGCCAAGCUGGGGCCGGUGCCGGACGCGCUCGGAGUCGGAGCGGCAACGGAGAGACACAGUCGUGGGGAAGCAACGACAACGAUGGAUGGGCUGGCGGUGGAGGUGCGAGGUUCGAACGGGGCCUUCUAUAAGGCAUUCAUAAAGGACGUUCACGAAGACUCGCUCACGAUAGUAUUUGAAAACAACUGGCAGCCUGAACGGCAGUUGCCUUUCUGCGAUGUGCGAUUGCCCCCCCCCACGGACUACCACAAAGACAUCGGCGAGGGAGAUGAAGUGGAGGUGUACUCCAGAGCCAAUGAGCAGGAGCCCUGUGGCUGGUGGCUGGCCCGGGUUCGAAUGAUGAAGGGAGAGGUGAGUCAGGGACUGUUCUACGUCAUCGAGUACGCCGCCUGUGACGCCACCUACAACGAGAUUGUCACGUCCGAGCGGAUCCGGCCGGUCAACCCCAACCGGCCCUCGUCCCGCGCUUCCUUCCACAAGGUCACCGUGACCGUGCCCGAGGACCUGUGGGACAUCUGUGUGAACGACUCCGUACACAAAGACUUCAGAAAGGCCAUCGGAGCCAACUGCAUCUUCUACAACGCCACCUCCCACGAGCUCAUCGUCCUGUCCACGAACGAGUCGACGGUGAAGCGCGCCGGUCUGCUGAGUGAUAUGCACUUCCGCAGCAUCCGCACCAAACUCAUGCUCAUGUCCCGAAACGAGGAAGCCACCAAGCACCUGGAGACGAGUAAGCAGCUGGCCUCCGCCUACCAGGAGGAAGUGAGGGUCAGAGAAGACUUAAUGGGAUUGGCCAUCGGGUCCCAUGGCGCCAACAUCCAGCAGGCCCGUAAGGUUCCGGGCGUGACCGCCAUCGAGCUGGAGGAGGAGAGCUGCACCUUCCGCAUCUAUGGAGAGACUCCAGAGGCGGUGAAACAGGCCAGAGUGUAUCUGGAGUUCAAAGAGGACUACUUCCAGGUGCCCCGCAACCUCGUGGGGAAGGUGAUCGGAAAGAACGGCAAAGUCAUCCAGGAGAUCGUGGACAAGUCCGGCGUGGUGCGGGUCCGGAUCGAGGGGGACAACGACAAGAAGCUGCCCAGAGAGGAGGGUAUGGUGCCGUUCGUCUUUGUGGGAACGAAGGAGAACAUCAGCAACGCCCUGGCUCUGUUGGAAUACCACGUGUCGUACCUCCAGGAAGUGGAGCAGCUGCGGCUGGAGCGUCUCCAGAUCGACGAGCAGCUCCGGCAGAUGGGCGUGGGCUACCGCGCGCCCCCCAACCGCUCCGGGGGCCCGGGAGGCAACGAGAGGGAGCGGGGCUACCAGACGGACGAGAGCAGCAACUCCAUCCACGGCUCGCGGACCUACGGGGGCCGGGGCCGGGGCCGGCGGCCCUCCAACAGCCAGUACUCUGGAUACGGUACAAACUCUGAGCUGUCCAACGCGUCUGAGUCGGAGGAGGUUGGGGACCGGGAGGCGCGCCCCCGGGGCGUCGGGGGGGACGAGAGGGGGUCGCGCCGUGGCGGGCGGGGCCGCGGUAACGCCGGCAACACGGGGCGCGGACGAGGGGGACCCAGCGGCAGGCAGGCCAACAACACCAUCAGCUCAGUGCUGCGGGACCCGGACAGUAACCCGUUCUCCCUGCUGGAGGGCGAGGGCGAGCAGGCGGGCGACACCGACGCCAGCGAGAGUACGGGCCCCACCGGGGACCGCCGGAGACGCUCCCGCCGUCGCCGUAACGACCAGGAGCCCAGCCUGAUGGACGCAGCCGCCAACGAGUCAGACGGCCAGGCCACCAGCGAGAACGGACUGGAUGAAGAUGGCAGGCCCCAACGCCGCAACCGAAGCCGACGCCGCCGUAACCGUGGGAACCGUCCAGAAGGCGGAUCCCCAAGCCGCGAGAGACAGCCAGUGACUGUGGCAGAUUACAUCUCCCGCGCGGAGUCCCAGAGCCGACAGAACCUCCCACAGGACGCACAGCCUGCCCCCAUGCCGAAGGAGAACGGGAGUACCACGAAGGAGGAGCGCACGCCAGACAAACGUUCCCCUAGCAACGGUGUGGCCACGCCCAGCGAGACCCUGGCCCUGGUCAACGGAGUCUCCUAAAGGCACAGUGGUGUCCCAAAACCUCACGUCCAGAGCAAGACUUCAUGGCAAUGCUGUCCCUGCUUGCAUUUACUUAAACCUUAAACAGAUGAGGGAAAUAUCGACAAAAAAAGUCAAUUCAUACAAGAGAGAAAAAAAAAAACGAAAAAAAAAACGACAAAGCAUCUCCUUAAACACACGUAACUGUGUAUGUUAUCCUAUCUAUCAGUACUUAGUGCUUAUUUAAAACUAGCUUGCCAACGAGGAGCUGGUGGAAAUGACAUGAUUUUUAAGAAAUACUGAACACAGAAACAGGACGUGACUUUUCUUCUAUUUUGUGUUUGUUUAAAUUUAUUUUUCUUUUCUUUUUUUCUUUUUUUUUUUUCUUUUAAUGUUAUUUUUUGGUUCUCACUGGUUCGGACGUGUAUUCGCACUCCCAGAGAACAGAGUUCCAGCGACAGGAAGGCAGGUGUUGGAGGGGCUACGUGAAUAACUGACAGGUGUCUUAACUACUUGGUGAAAGGGUGGCAACACAAAAGGAAAGUGACAGGGAUGAGUGUACUAAGAGAGACAUUGUGCCUUGAAUUUGAAAACUUGAGUUUUUUAGUUUUGUUUUUGUUUUGUUUUCAUUCACAGGAAGAUAAGAGUUUAUCUUUCUUUUUUUGCCUGAGAGGAGAGAACAGACAAGGGGAGAGGCGAGGCCGUGGGGUGGGGGAUGUUCGUAGAAGGGUGGAGGCGAGGUGGCUGCCUGGAAGAAAAAAAAGUCAUGCCAAAUUGUGUUCAAGGCGUGCGCUUGUUCUCAGGAAGGAGGAGGCGGGACUGCGUGUGUGUGUACAGGCGUGUAGACGAGGGGUGAAGCGCGCGCGCGCGCGUGUGUGUGCGCGUGUGUGUGCGCGUGUGUGUGUAUAAACGUUUUUUGUGUGCGUGUGUGAGCCUGUACAUUUGUGGAGUAGAAUGGGUAAAGGUAUGGGGACUGUAUGUCAUCGUAUAAAUGUUUUGGUUUUUGUCUGUGUGCACGCAUGUCUGAAUGUGCUUGUAAACCUUGUGUGUGUGUGUCUGUGUGUGUGUGUGCUCACUUGUGAGUGUUUGUAAGCGCUUUUGCUGUGUGUGUGUGUGUGUGUGUGUGUGUGUGUGUGUGUGUGUGUGUAGGGGCUAAAGGUGAGGGAACAGAGGCGGGAUUGAGAUGAAGCCAGAGAAGCCUGAGUUUUGUGCUCUGAGUUUGUCAGGAGUUUGUUUUUCCUUUUUCCGGAUGAGAAACGAGGCGCGUCUCGUUCGCCCGCCA